ACUUCGACUUCAGAGCUCCAACUAGAACCUCAAGCCCAGAGAUGCGCGCCUUCAUCGUCCUGUGCCUCGUGGCCAUCGCCUCCGCCGACAAGCUGGGCUACAACUACAAGCCAGUGGGCCACUCCUCCUCGGGAUUGUCCUUCGCUCCUGGCAGCGGCUCCCUGAGCCUGGGUGGUGGAUCUGGCUCCUUGGGAGGCGGUUCCCACAGCCUGGGUGGCGGCAGUGUCCUGAGCCUGGGAGGAGGCAGUGGCUCCUUGGGAGGCCUGGGCGGCGGCAGCAACUUCGGCAGCCUGGACAGCGGUCUGGGCGGCGACCUGGGAUCCUCCCUUGGAUCUGGUCUGGGUUCCUCCCUUGGAUCUGGUCUGGGUUCCUCCCUGGGAUCUGCUGGUCUGAGCGCCCCCGUCUCCUACAACGCCCCAGCUCCCUCUGGCGAGCUUGAGAAGGAGUUCUUCACCUUCUCCGCCAACGAGGAGGACUUCGAUGAGCCCCGCCUGGAACGCGUUGCCGGCUCCGUGAACAAGGGACUACGUGUGGUCUUCAUCAAGGGACCCGAGAACCGUGGUCUGGAGAACGCCGCCCUGGCUCUGGCCAAGCAGGCUGCCCAGCAGGAGACCGCCAUCUAUGUCCUGAACAAGCAGGCCGACAUUGGAGAGCUCGCCCAGAAGCUGAACGCCAUCCGCAGCAACGCCAACAACAAGCCCGAGGUGCACUUCGUCAAGUACAGGACUCCCGAGGAUGCGGCCAACGCCCAGCGCGCCAUCCAGUCGCAGUACGACCAGCUGGGAGGAUCCUCUCAAGCUCACGAUGGUGGUGUGGCUGCCCUGAACUUCGCCUCCGCCGGUCCAGUGCGUCAGGCCCAGGCCCAGAUCCCCGAGAACUCCUACCUGCCCUCCUCGGUGCUGCGUCGCCUGCGUUUCCGCAAGUAGGAUGUGCCAUGUGGCUCCUAGCUGCUCCUUUUGUUGACUUGUUGUGUUAUCUAUUGAUUUGUCGAACGAACCCCUCAAAUACAAUUACUUUUUUACCCUAA